GGUCAUAAAAUCACGACAAGAUGUCGUUGAUCAUUCCGGAGAAAUUCCAGCACAUUCAUCGUGUGAUGAACACCAACAUCGAUGGUAACCGCAAGGUUCCAUACGCCUUGACCGCCAUCAAGGGAGUUGGUCGUCGUUUCGCCUUCGUCUGCUGCCGCAAAGCUGACGUUGAUGUCAACAAGCGCGCCGGAGAGCUCACUGAGGAGGACUUCGACAAGAUUGUCACCAUCAUGCAAAACCCAUCUCAAUACAAAAUCCCAAAUUGGUUCCUUAACAGACAAAAGGACAUCAAGGACGGAAAGACUGGACAGCUCCUCUCCACCGCCGUCGACAACAAGCUCCGUGAGGAUCUUGAGCGCAUGAAGAAGAUCCGUCUCCACAGAGGACUCAGACAUUACUGGGGACUUCGCGUCAGAGGACAGCACACCAAGACCACCGGACGCAAGGGACGCACCGUCGGAGUGUCCAAGAAGAAGGGAGGAUAAGUCUGAUUGUUUACGGGAUGUUAUGUUAUUUUUUGUUGCUAGUAUCCCGAAAAUAAAUGUUACUUUCAAAAAUAAUUUCUUUAUUUGUCAAACAAUACAAGUUUUAAACCAUU